AUGCCUUCCAUUAGGUAUGGACUGGAUAUCGAACGUCAGGGUAACCCUGAUGAUAGUAGACCUGCACCAAUCCCCAAAGAUGUAUCAGACUUACAAAAGAGUCCAGGACAGGGUUGUUUUAUCUGUUUAGAAAGUUACAGCCAAGGACAAUAUGCGGUUCUCGUGCCGUGCCUGCGACCACGAAUGCCUCGCCUGAGAACCACGCGGAAAAAGGACUUGCCCAGGGCAAGUGACAUGCUGGAAGUCAAUUUUUACUUCGCGGGCGAUGUUAAGUCGAACGGGCGCUAUUCAAUUUACAUGGAACCUGUCAACGUCGACAAGAUGUUGGAAGAAUGCAAAGAACGUAUAGCAUGGCACCCAACUUUCCCUUUUUUAGAUCCUGGAAACGGAUGUGUGAAAUGUAAUGAGGAUGGCGAAAGAGACAUUGAUACGGAAGAGUUGUGUCCAGAAUGUUUCAGAGUUGAAGUAGAGAACGAACAGAAGCGGCUUAAACGGCUUCUUUUCCUAUCUCAUUUCACAGAAUGUGCUCGAAACCCCAAGAAAGCCGAUGGUCUAAACACUCUCAAGGGCAUGGCGCAAAAAAGCUGCAUCUACGAUUUAAGGUACGUCUAUCAUACAUAUUCCAUGUCCUUCCUUCAUCCAUACCCAAGUAAACAUGCAAAGCCUGACAUAUUCAGACAAUUCGAUUUACCUGUUCAACCAAAAGAAUUUGAAGGUGAAGAGCCGAUGAUAAGUCUGCACUUUGUUUUAGGAUGGCAGACAGACAGGAUCCACACAGAACUCCCGUUCGGAGUUUCAUGUGCUUUACUCGCAGUUGCUUUCAUCUGGCUUUGCCUGCUUAUUUGGAGGGGCGCAGGGGGAGAUUGGGGAACUGCAUUUGCAUUUGCGCAGGUUGUCGCAGCGUCUUUUGCAAUCGUGAUUACAUACGCCAGGUUUUAG